GUGCCUGCGCAUGGGCGGGGCAGAGGAGCAUAACCGUCCGCGUUCCAGUUCCUACCCGCUCGAAUCCACGAGGAGACCCACCCCACCCAUUCGCUCCUUCUCACCGGACGCGCCUGCGCGGAACCGGGAAUCCCCGAUGCCCAGGACGGCGCGCGGGUUUUCGGUGGGCAGUUUCGCUAUCAAUUGACGAGUCGACGGUUCGCGUCAGUUCUGGGAGUCAGUAGUCAGACUGCUCUCCGCCCAGCAAAGGCAAACGGCCAUUGAGGAAGCUGGGAGUCCUUUCAUAAUAAUAAUAAUUAAUUGAAGGUUUUAAUAUUAAAGCUGCUAUUGGCAUAUCUCCCAGUUGCUCAGAAACUGAGUUAACCCUGGUUUUCCAAUUUUGAGAAAUUGUAGGCUGACUGGAAUAAAAACGAUGGUGUCUUAAAUGUACAAAUGAGGCCUGCCUUCUGAGUUUCUUUCUAUCCCCAGCAACUGAGUGCAUUUUGAAAAUGGAAACGCCUGUAUUAAACAAAUCUACACUGUUAUGCUCCACUCCAAAGAACUGCGAGACAUCUGCUCAGAGUAGCAGCAGCAGCAGCUCAGGGAAACAGCCAAUGAGUGCAACUCUAAGAGAACGAUUGAAGAAAGCAAGACGGUCCUUUCAUUCAGUUUUCACUGUUGCAAAGCGUCUUAAAAUAGACGAUGAGAACAAUGGUAGUCCUUGUGAAGGAAGGGCUUUAUCUAAAGGAGAGACAUGUUCUAAGUCACAAAAUGAGGGUGAACAUUCAGAAAAAGUUCCUGAUGCCACCAUGUGUUUGAAAAGUGCUUUGCAAGAGAGAGAGCUCUGUGUAUUGAAAUAUACUGGAUGUAGUGAAGCUACACAAAGCUCUCCAGAAGUUCGGUCAGAAACAAAUUGCGGACAACAGGAACUAUUGGAUGAAAAGAGAAGGUUAGCAAAGAAGAUUCAGGAAAAGGAGGAAUUUCUUCGAAGACUUAAACUCGUCAAAAUGUACAGAUCAAAGAAUAACCCAACAGAGUUGCGGUCCCUAAUAUCAAAAUGGCGGUGCAGUUCCCAAGCAAUGCUAUAUGAGCUACAGUCAUCCUUGUCUACAGAUAGCAGGAAAUUAAGUCUCACUCAACUGAUAGACAAUUUUGGAUUAGAUGAUAAACUGUUACAUUACAUUAGAACAGAAGAAGACUUUACAGAUGCAUGAUACGGGUGUUUCUAUUUCAUUCUUAACACAUCAGAAGAUAAAUAUUUUCAAAAUUUAAAUUUGGUUUUUGAGCUGCAUUGCUGAACUGUUGUGAAUCCUUGAAUCUUUUAAAUAUUAAAAGACUGCUGCAAAAAGUACCUGAUCAGUUCAAUCAGUAUGUGAAACUCAGCCCCCAACCCAUUAUCCUUGAUUCUCAAUGUCCCUUUAGGUCAGGGGUCAGCAACCUUUUCCAACCUUUUUCAUCCCCCAGACCAUGUGGUGGGCCGGACUAUAUUUUUUUUGGGAAAUGAACGAAGUCCUAUGCCCCACAAAUAACCCAGAGAUGCAUUUUAAAUAAAAGGACACAUUCUACUCAUGUCAAAACAUACUGAUUCCCGGACCGUCCGUGGGCUGCAUUGAGAAGGCGACUGGGCCGCAUCUGGCCCAUGGGCCCUAGGUUGCCUACCCCUGCUUUAGGUCUUAAAGCUGCUGUUAGAAUAGAAGACAACUGCCACACUUACACUGCUGCAAUUUUAAAAGUCCAGUAGCCCUGUUGUGGUUUAUAACUUCCUAACCCUCUGCUCCUCCUUUCCUAUAAUUUUGCCAAUCCACUUUCCAUUCUA